AUGAGCCCAGCCAGAUUAAAAGGUCAGCUAGCGUCGGCUCCAAGCUCCCCUAGCUCACCCAGCUCGCCUUCUUUGAGCUCGGAUGACCUUGAUGAUUCCACUCGGCAAAGUGUCUCGGUAAAGCUUCGGGAGACCGACAAUGCUGGACAAUACCUGCUCACCGCAGAGGACGCUGAGCUUUUACGGGAGAUCCUUAAACACAACCUUUACUUGGAAAAAGCAGAAUCGUCUCAGAAACCGCGCUUCAGGUUCCGAGACUUGGAAUUUACAAGGCAACUCAGUACAUUUGACCGCCAGAAUUUGACCUUCAGUUCGUCUGAGUUUCAUGGCUUCUUUGUGCUCUUCUGGAUGGGGGUGGCCUUGAUGCUGCUCAAGGUCAUGGCCAAUAACUGGAAGAUAUAUGGCACUAUUUGGGGUCAGAACGAGAUCAUUCACCUCAUGUUCUCUAAAGAUAUUAUGGUUCUCGGACUGACUGACUUGGUCUUGUCUUGGUCUACGAUAUUCUGCCUGCUUGUUCAACGAGCGGUAUUCAAAGGGUACAUGCGCUGGAGUGGCCCCGGUUGGCUGGUUCAAAAUAUCUGGCAAACGAUAUAUCUGGCUACCAUCACAUGGUGGACAUAUCAUCGUGAUUGGCCCUGGACACACACUGUCUUUAUAGUGCUGCAUUGCUUGACCAUGCUGAUGAAACAGCAUAGCUAUGCAGCCUACAAUGGGUACUUGUCGGAGCUGUACUUCAAACGAGAGCUGGUUAAGUUGAAGAACCUAAGCAGACACAACAGCUGGUCAAAACAAGGACAUACCUCUGCGGUUGACACAGAUGUUGAUGCCGAAAUCAUUGAGCUCAGAAGAAAGGAAUUCCGGCGACGAUCCUCCAAUCUCAAUAAUAAUUCCCGUGCCCGCGAAACGGACCAGCUCAUCUCUCUUGUCGAAACCAUUGAACACGGGGUAUUUCUUCAACCGGAGCAGGUGCAAUCCCUGAACGAGCUACUAGAGAGAGAAUUUGAAAUCUUAUCCGAAGGACUUCAGGGCAGGUGUUCGUUGACCUCGAAUCACUAUCCGCGGAAUCUGACCUUGAAAAACUUCUGCGACUUUAUCACAUUACCCACCUUGGUAUAUGAGCUAGAGUACCCACGCACAGACAAGAUCGACUGGAUUUAUGUGGCAGAGAAGACCGCGGCCACAUUUGGUAUCAUUGUGGUAAUGAUAGCAGUAUCUCAGUCAUGGAUAUAUCCGGUGGUGAUGUACACUAUGCAGAUGAAAGAAGAAGGGUUGACUGCGCAGCAGAGGCUGCAGGAAUUCCCCUGGGUGCUGAGUGACUUGCUCUUCCCUUUCAUGAUGGAGUAUCUGCUGGCAUUUUAUGUGAUUUGGGAGUGUGUACUUAAUGCUUUAGCCGAGAUUACCAUGUUUGCAGAUCGGGGUUUCUAUGCGGACUGGUGGAAUUCAGUCUCUUGGGAUCAAUUUGCUCGAGAUUGGAACCGCCCUGUGCAUAAUUUCUUGCUCCGGCAUGUAUACCACAGCUCCAUCAGCGCUUAUCGUCUAUCACGGGUAUCAGCGAGCCUGAUGACUUUUUUCCUGUCUGCAUGUGUGCAUGAGCUGAUCAUGCUGUGCAUAUUCCGGCGCCUUCGGGGGUAUUUGCUUAUCCUCCAAAUGUCGCAACUGCCACUCGUUUCACUCAGUCGGACUCGUAUGAUGCGAGGCCGACGAUUGAUUGGGAACAUCUUUUUCUGGCUUGGAAUCUUUACAGGACCGAGUGUCAAGCAUGAAGGCGACGCCAAGGGCGAUUACCAACAGAUCGGCGACGUUGAGGCUUAUAUCUCACGUCCCGCAGAUCAGUCCACCGAGCGUGCUAUUCUGCUUCUGACUGAUGUGAUCGGCCAUCGCUUCAUCAACGCCCAGCUGAUUGCGGAUCAACUGGCGGCCAAUGGCUACUUUGUCGUUAUGCCGGAUCUGUUUCAUGGCGACCCAGUACUGUUAAACCGUCCCGCUGGGUUUGAUCUGAUGGCUUGGCUGAAGGGCCCCCCCGGUCACCUACCUGACCGCGUGGAACCCGUGGUACAGGCGGUUUUGAAGGAAAUGAAGUCCAACAUGGGCUGUCAGCGAGUCGGCGCUAUCGGAUAUUGCUUUGGGGCAAAGUAUGCUGUCCGGCUGCUCCAGCCGGGUCUUUGUGAUGUUGCCUACGUGGCUCACCCCAGUUUCGUCGAGGCGGAUGAGCUUCGAGCUAUCAAAGGCCCACUUUCCAUUGCUGCUGCUGAGACCGAUUCAAUCUUCCCGGCCCCCAAACGCCAUGAGUCCGAGGAAAUCCUCGUCAAAAGUGGUCAGCCGUAUCAAAUUAACCUAUUCAGCGGCGUCGAGCAUGGUUUCGCUGUCCGCGCUGACAUUACCAAGCCAACCAUUCGCUUUGCUAAGGAGGCUGCUUUCGCGCAAGCUACUGCUUGGUUUAACCAAUAUCUGUAG